UAGUAACUGUGGGGAAGAUGGUGGACCUGGUGACAGCAGCGUGCUCCAAACUCCGUCCUAAACACUUCGAGAAAUAUUUACCAUCUCAGCCUGGCGUUAGGUAUAGGUUACCCGGGGACAAUCACAGAUAAUACACAGAAAAACUGGUGAAAAGUGGGACAUAUCCCGCUCUGGACAAGUGCUUUUUUUCCGGGAUUGAAGACGGCAGAGUUGCGAAACGUGGUUUGUGUUGCUCGUCACUGACGCUAAGCGAAGUGUCAACAGAAGAGUUUGGGGUGGGGGGGAAGUUGUGGGUUUUAUAGUCUUUGACUCAUAAACAGAGGUUUGGACAACAGGGAUGAUUUAGACAGGCGUCUUUCUCUGUCUCCAGCUGUUAAAUAAGGACGGAGCGGACUUGAAGGAGGCUAACCGGCGCUGCUACCUCAGCUAGCUUCGUUGUGACCCGGAGGAUCCGCGCGACAUGCCGCGGAGUAAAAAAGGGAAACGUGGCUCCGGGAAGCCGGGCUCUCUGCGUCAGGAGGUUCUUCAGCUGCAGCUUUCAGCUAAAGGAUCGUUGAAAGCUGUUAAAAACGGGAUGAAGGCAGAAUCUGCAGCCAGUGACGAUGAGCUGACAUCGGACAUUCUGAGCCACUACAGUAGCGCAAGUGAAACUGCUUCUGUCCUGGAAGAGAGCCCAGGGAGUGAGCAGGUGGAUGAACAGACUGCACAAGAAGAAACAGAAGACAAGCUCAAGCAGUGUAUAGACAACCUGAUGGACAAAAGUGCAAAGACUCGUCUAGCAGCCCUGGAGUCACUACGACAAGCUUUCUCCUCCAGAGUCCUGUACGACUUCCUGACUGGCCAGCGUCUCACAGUGCGCGACUGCCUGGAGCGAAGUCUCAAAAAAGGCGGCGGAGAGGAGCAGGCCGCGGCGGCAAACGUUUUCACGAUGCUGUGCAUCCAGCUCGGAGGAGGGGACGAGGCCGAGGAGGGCUUCAAGUCGCUUCGUCCUGUUCUCACCUCCAUCCUGAAUGACAGCGGUGCCAACAUAGUAGCUCGUCAGAGCUGUGCCAGGGCUUUGGGGAUGUGCUGCUAUGUCUCCACUGCAGAAGAAGGAGAGGACCUGGUCAAGUCGCUGGCUCUUCUGGAGAGUGUCUUCUCAUCUUCCUACCCUAACCGAGAAGGAACGCUGCCCACACCCAAACCCGGUCUGCCCGGCCUCCACACCGCCGCCCUGCAGGCCUGGUCGCUGCUGGCCACGCUCUGUCCCACUUCCAAACUCACUGAGCUGCUGGAACUGCACCUUCCGAAGCUGCAGGCCUGUCUGCAGAGCAGCGACGUCAACUACAGAAUUGCAGUGGGAGAGACGAUUGCUCUGCUGGUGGAGUUAGGCCGAGAUAUAGAUGAGGAGUUUGAGGUGGAGGACUCUGAAAGUCUGUGCGAAUCUCUGAAGAGUUUAGCCACAGACGGCAACAAACACAGAGCCAAAAAUGACAGAAGGAAACAGCGCUCCAUCUUCAGAGAGGUGCUACAUUACAUAGAGAAUGAGGAUUUCACUGAGGAGAAGAUCAGGUUUGGCGUGGAGAGCGUUUACAUCGAUGGGUGGAUGAGGAAAAGAAUCUACGAUGCCUUCAAGGAGAUCCUAGAAUCUGGAGUUCGACACCAUUUGCAGUACAACCAGCUUCUCCGAGACAUCUUUGGCCUUGGACCUCCCAUCAUUUUAGAUGCUGCUACUAUCAAAGGCAGUAAGAUCUCACGGGUAGAGAAGCAUUUAUACAACUCUGCUGCCUUCAAAGCCCGAACGAAACUGAGGAAUAAAGUCAGGGACAAACGUGCUGAUGUCAUGUGAGGGACGGACGAGAAGGGAGUGGAUGAGGAACUGAGAUGCCUUUGGAUGUUCACCCAUCAGACACAAAAAGACUCAUUUGCUCUACAAAGAGCUUUACCUGCUAUUAAGUGUUUUUGCCAGACCAGUUGUGUGGUUUUAAUGAAAACAUUUUGAUGCUUUUUUGUUUUUUAUUAAGUAGCAGAACAGGUUUGAAAUCUGUACCAAUCAUUGAAAGAAUCUGAAUCCGUACAAAAAAGGAGCCAAGGAAAUGUUGUGCUAAGUGUCUUUACUGUAUGGGAUGUCCAAUUCCUUGCUCCCCGAAAGCCCCAUGUCUCUCACCCAGCCAGAGUGGCUUCCUCAGCAGCCAAAAAAAACCUUUUCAAACAAUGCAACCUUUGAGAAAAAUGUGUGGUGUUUGUGUGCGAGUGUGUUUUAUCUGACAUUAAUUUAACCAUGAAAUAAAACACUUACCAUGUGAAUCCAGAAGAUGCCUCAUUAAAAAAAGAAACAUUAUUAAAGUCAUUUAUGUAUUGUUUUUGCUUUUAGAAAAGAAGUGGGCUUUUUCUGGGGGAAGAAAUUGUAUUUUACUGUUUUAAUUUAUUAUAAGAGCUGUAAUAAGUGUUUUUUUUUUAAGAAACUUUAAAUUAUGAACUGUUUACAUGCACAACUAUGGUUAAAGAUGACAGAAUUUUAUAUAAGUUUUCUUUCCGAUUCAUUUUUAACGAGGGUUACCGGGUCAUAAAAUAUUUACGUGUAUGUAACACAUAGCACAUGGAUUCAUGGGCAUAUGUGUAUGUGAGAUGAAUUAAAUGAAUUUUAUUCUCUAAACAACAAUGAAUGCAGUCACAGCUGCUGAUCGACAAGUUUGACAACAUUGUUUUUAACUGAUGAAGUUCACAUUAAACAUCCAUCUGUAUAAUAAUAAAUGACUUAUUUGGUGAACUUGAUGGCUGCCAAACAGUUUGAACUGGCGAUAAACCAGAAGAGGAGAGAAUGUUUGCAGAGUUUCUGCAAACGUUUACCAAAUUGUGCUGUUGAUCCUUCUUGGAGGGAGUCAAAUGAAAUAAAAAGCACUUCAACAAUUA